AUGAGAUUUUAAUGACAAGUAACGUAGUAUAAAAUCAAACUCAGUUAAUUUAAAACCAAAGUAAAUAGAUGAUGAAGUUUAUUAAAUACAUUAUGUAAAGAAUAGAAAGCAUUAGAAAUAAUGUAUAUAAGAAUAUUACUUGUUUUAUUAUUUCAAUCAGUAUUAAGUAGGGACUUAGACGAAGCCCAGAGAUCCGCGCGAGCGAAUUUUAUACAAAAACUAAUCAAUCGAAGAAAACAUUUGGAAGGGAAAAUAAAAUUAAUCGGAGGUGCCAAUGAAUUUGAAGGUAACGUGUACAUCUAUCACGCGGGUCGGUGGGGCGCCAUUUGCGAUGACUCGUGGGACCAUGCUGCAGCGCAAGUCGUCUGUAAAACAUACAAUAAAACUGGUGUACCAACACAUGGCGGACAAUUCGGAGAAGCGAGAAGGAAAUAUUGGAUGGACGACGUAGUGUGUGAAGGGAAUGAGGAAUCAUUAUCUCAUUGCAUAUUCGCUGAAUGGGGAACAUCUGACUGCGACAGCGGCGAAGCUGCCGGUGUCAUUUGUCGAGAGAAGGAAGAAGUUCCUAUACCGUUGAACUUGAAGAAGAAUAAAAUGCCACUUAGCCAUGUGCUAGAUAUGCGUAGAACUAGCUUACGUCUUGUAGGCGGUAGAAAUUCUAACGAAGGAAGAGUUGAGAUAUAUCAAGAUGGAUUCUGGGGUAGUAUCUGUCCGGAUGGUUGGACGCUCUACGAAGCUUCAGCUGUCUGCAGACAUUUAGCGCUUGGUUAUGCAGAGCAAGCUAUCCAAACUGAUUAUUUCGGCUCAUCUAGAAUCGUUCUAAGUGGACUUCAGUGUGAAGGAAAUGAGACGAACCUUUUCAUGUGCAAGCACAGUGCGUACGGACAAGUGGUGUGUCCUGGUGAAAAAGGCCACGUAGCAGCUGUUGCUUGCACGCAGCAGCUGGCAGAUUUACUUCUGGACACGACUGCUAUAGAACGUACCGCCCACUUGCAUGACGUACCCAUGUAUCAACUCCAGUGUGCUAUGGAAGAGAAUUGUUUGAGCAAAUCAGCUUACGAGAUUCAACAAAGUAAUGCAAACUGGCAAUAUGAAACUCGUCGUCUUCUUAGAUUUACGGCGUCUUCGUUGAACAUCGGCAAUGCGGAGUUCCGACCUUAUCUACCGAAGCAUUUGUGGCAAUGGCAUCUUUGUCAUAUGCACUAUCAUAGUAUGGAAGUGUUCGCAACAUUCGACAUCCUUAAUGGUGCAGGUACCAGGAUAGCAGAGGGCCAUAAAGCAUCAUUCUGUUUAGAAGACAACACCUGCUUACCUGGUAUCGAUAAGAAAUAUUCAUGCAAAAAUUAUGGAGAUCAAGGAGUAUCUGUCAAUUGUUCUGACGUAUACCACUACAAUAUAGAUUGCCAAUGGGUUGAUGUAACAGACGUUGACCCUGGACAGUACACUUUUAAGGUUGCAGUAAACCCACAUGCAAGAGUAGCAGAACAGCAGUACCAUAACAACGCGGCGUCCUGUUCACUUACUAUAACUGACAUUUACGCCGCUGUCUAUGGUUGCCGACUUGAAAGACCAUAGACCAUAGAUUUACGUUAUCUUGAACUCUAAGCGCCUGUUCCAACAAAUUGUAAAUUGUCUAAUAACAAUCCAAUGUGUAAAAUAUGCGAUGGCAAUAUUGGAUUUUGUUCCCAUAUCUG